CCAGUUUUCUCCUGCUCCUUCUCCCAGCGAUCUUCCUGACAGCGAAAUGAGCGAUGUACAAAACAGAUAUCGGCUCUACAGUUUCUGUAGACUCCACACCAGAGCAGUCACAGCCUCCAUCCGAUCUCCAGGUGGAGCAGGAUACCACAGAUUCCUGUGAACCUGCUGCUGUCACUUCUGAACUUAAGAGCUCUACUCCCCCUGAUCCUUUGCCUUCUCUGCCCUCUAAGGAAAUACUCAUAGAGAAUAAAGACUCAAAGGUGGAGGACCGUCAAAGUGAUACCCCCUCUCCUCCGGUCAGCGCGUUCUCAUCAGGAACCUCCACCACCAGUGACAUUGAAGUGCUUGACCACGAGUCAGUGUUGAGUGAGAGCUCAGCCAGCUCCAGACAAGAAACAGGGGAGGGCAAGGCCGACCUUCACCUGAUGCAGGGCUCCUUUCAGCUUCUCACGGCCUCCACCUGUGGAGAUUUCCCCCAUCUGGAGGACUACUCCAAACUCACAGAGAGCUGCGGCUCCUCCUCGGACGCAUUCGAGCGCAUAGAUUCAUUCAGUGUUCAGUCGUUGGACAGCCGGAGUGUCAGCGAGGUUAACUCGGACGAUGACAUCCCCGGCAGUCGGACGCUAGCGUCUGUCACCACGGGCUCUCCUCCUUUGACAGUAUCAUCAGCUGUGUGUCAGACGCAGGAAGAUGGAGAGGAGGAGAAUUUAGGACAGGAGGAAAGGGAGGAAGAGGGCUAUACAGACACAAUGAGGGAGCAGUCGCUGGAUGAGAUGGAGGAGAGUGGCCGGAGUGCGACGCCUGUUAAUAGUGAUCAGCCUGAAGAGUUGAUGGAGCAGGAGCAGGACUCUGAGGCGAAUGUCACUCUGUCUGAUCCCGCCUCCAACGCUGACGAACAGAUCGCUCCACCAAUCACUGCAGAGAUGAAAAGUGUCUCCCCAGUUCAGAUUUUGGAGCUUCAAAAGGUGAUUGAUGAUCUGUCAGGCUGCCUGGAGAAGAGAGAGUCUCAGCUUCUGGUUGUCAGCAAGGACAAGGCCAUGCUGGAGGAGCAGUGUGACAACCUCAAAGAUGAAGUGAUAAGCCUGAAGGAGGAUAGCUCCACGGUUCAGUCCCUGAAGGAUGAGUUCACUCAGCGCAUAGCAGACACAGAGAGGAAGGCUCAGCUGGCCUGCAAGGAGAGAGACAUAGCCAAGAAGGAAAUAAAGGGCUUGCGAGACGAGCUUUCUACAAGACUUCACUCCAGCGACACACUGGAGAUCAUCAGAGAGAAGGAAGAGCAGAUCAGAGGCCUGCUGGAAGAAGGUGAGAAGUUGUCCAAGCAGCAGCUGCAGCACAGCAACAUCAUCAAGAAGCUGCGUGUGAAAGAGAAGGAGAGCGACACAAGGAUCACAAAGCAACAGAAGAAAAUCAAGGAGCAGGAGGAGGAGCUCAGGCAACUGCAGCAGGUUCUAGAUGGGAAGGAGGAGGUGGAGAAACAGCACAGGGAGAACAUCAAGAAGCUGAACGCGGUGGUGGAGCGGCAGGAGAAGGAUGUGAGCCGGCUGCAGACGGACUCUGAGGAGCUGCAGGAGAACAACCGGAGCCUGCAGGCAGCGCUGGACAACUCCUACAAGGAGCUGGCAGAGCUUCACAAGGCGGGGGUCAGCAGAGCCAGUGAGGCUCAGGAAGCGGCUCUCACCAGAGAAACACAGGCCAAGGAUCUGCUGAGCCUGGCCCUGGAGAAGAACCAGGAGGAGGGCAGGAUGCAACAGGAGGCUCUGGCCAAUCAGGUGGCGGACCUGAGGAUGGCUCUGCAGAGGGCUGAGCAACAGCAAGGAAGGAAGGAAGACUAUCUGAGGGAGGAGAUCAGUGAGCUGCAGCAGAGGCUUCAGGAGGCAGAGACCAGGAACCAGGAGCUCAGCCAGAGUGUUACCUCGGCAACGCGGCCCCUUCUGCGACAGAUUGAGAACUUGCAGGCCUCCUUAGGCGGACAGACGGCAUCCUGGGAGAAACUGGAGAAGAGCAUCUCUGAUAGGCUAGCGGAUGCCCAAGCGCAGCUGGCCGUUGCGGUGGAGAGGGAGCGGUCGGCGAGUGAAGAGCUCCUGUCCAUCAGGUCCCAGCAGGCCUCUCUGGAGUCACAGAUCUCCCUGUUCCGCCAGGAGAAGGCCCGGCUCCUCGCACAGCUGGAGGCUGAGAAGAACAAGAGAGAUAAACUGGAGGAUGAGAGCACUAGGGAGCAUGUUGAUUUAGAAAAUCUGCGAGGAGAGCACAACCGCAUGCUAGAAGAAACCAAGAAAGAAAAGCUGCUGCUGACCAAUCAGUUAGAGAUGGAGAGGAUGAAGGUGGAGCAAGAGAAGAAGAAAUGCUACUUGGUUAAUGAAGCUCUCAGGGAAAAGGAGAGGAAGGCCAUGACUCACUCUGUAGGAGAACCCCCGGCGUCCUCCACACCCUCCCUGUCCCGCUCCAGCUCCAUCAGUGUGCCGGACAACGCUGCUCUACACUCCUCUAUUCUUUCCCAGGAGGACCUUUUAGACCACUCUCUUGGUAACAUGACCAUGUCCAUGUCGAUGAGCGGGACCAACCUGUACGAGGCCGCCCGGCUGUCGGGGGGCUCCAGCAUCAUGGAGAACCUGCAGUCUCAGCUCAAACUCAGAGAAGGAGAGAUCGCUCAACUGCAGCUUGAGAUCUCCAGUCUAGAGAGGAGUCGUUCUGUGAUGGCAGAAGAGCUGGUCCGACUGACCAAUCAGACCGAUGAGAUGGAUGAGAUGGUGAAGGAGAUUCCCACGUUGAAAGUUCAUCUCAAGGAUCUGCAGCAGAGGCACAACACCAUCCUGCAGAUGUACGGAGAAAAAGCCGAAGAGGCAGAAGAGCUGAGACUGGACCUGAUAGACGUGAAGAACAUGUACAAAUGCCAGAUAGACGAACUGCUGAAGAACCAGAAAUAAACUUUUACUGUUCUUGUGUCGAUUCUGGGACACUAUCAACAAACCAAUCAACCAACAUAGCCACACAUGCAGUCCCAAAGACAGAUAAUUUAAGUUUAAUCACUGUGUCAAAGGAAAGUUCUUUUAUCUUUAUCUCUUAUUUUAUUUUAAAGGAACAUAUUUAAGCGGGGGUGUUGCAUUACAUACAAUACAUUAUUAUUAUAUUAUUAUUACGGAACCAGUAUGAAGGAUACCAUUUCAAGUCUUUGGGAUCUUUAGAAAUCAUUUCUCAUGAUUAAACCUUUUACAUAGUAGCUUGUAGACAGUUUCCUACAGACUGUACGAGAUGGUUUAAGUUUUUUGCACUAUAGAAAUUCAUCCUUCUUUAUUUCUUUAUUCAAAAUAGUUGAAGAAAUAUAUAAAAAUAUUGUACAGAGACCUUUAUGUAUUGUUCUUGACUCCUUGCAAAUCACAAAAUGUGGUGUAGACCUUAGAUUAGUCCAUGAUUGAAAUCCUGAAAAUUGGAUUCUACAGCUUAUAUAUAUGUAAAUGAAUAAACAUUUAUCUGGGUGGUGAACAAUACUUUUACUCUUAAUUUGAAUUGUUUGGAUUCACACAUUAAAAGUUUGCAUUUUCAUUGCAUCCAUACAGAACACUACAUCACCAUCGAUGCUGCACAAAAGUCUUCAAAUAAAUAUCAUUUGAACAAUUUCA